UUAAAUCUAGCAACACAACUCCCAUUUUCACUUUCACUCCAUUUUCUCUUUCAACCAGUUCCAGUUUUUCUAGUCUUUAGAUUUUAGAAGACGCACCCUUCUCUCUCUCUCUCUCUCUCUCUCUCUCUCUCUCUCUCUCUCAACACACAAACACAGUAAAACGUAUAACUGGACUGCAUUGGCUUCACGGCGAGAUGUCUGCAUGUGCACGGUUGUUUCUGGCGCCGGCGCCGCCUUUCUGACUUUUGAGAUCCGACUCUUAGUAAUCUCCGGCGACUGUCUCAUCGACGGGAUUCGUGAUGGUUUCACGGUGAGAUCCAGAUUUUCUCGCGCCGCUAUUAUGUUUGGAUCUCAAUUAUCUUUAACGCUGAUUAUAUCAGUUCAAUUUGAUUCAAUGUUUUCCUUCAUGAUGUAAAAAUCGGUUGAAAGGUUUUCACCUUUUUGAUGAAUUUUGAUCGACACAAAGGGGAACGUUGAUAUGUGAUGCAUAUUUGGGUUCUCUUUUGAGGCCAGGGCUUUCAUGUUAUUCUGAUUUGCAUAAAUCGACGAACAUGGUGAUGAAUAAUUGCAUUGAAAUAUCAAACGCGGAUUCCGUUUACAGAGGAAAAGAGGUAUAGCAAAUUGAAAUUGGGUUUUUUUUUCUUAAGUUUUUGGGGUAUAUUAUUAUUUGGGUAUACAAAAAUGAGGUUAGAUUCUGAUAUCAAGAAGCUAAUGAGCUCUUGUUAUAAGACAAACAAUUCUUCCUCAGAGUAUUUCUUUGAGGAAGAAAACGAUCCUCUUCUUCCCGGCAUAUAUGACGAUGUCGCUCUAAUUUCUCUGGCUAGGGUAUCCAGAUUCGAUUACGCGUCACUCUCCUGUCUAAACACCAAAUUCAAUUCGCUAAUAAAAAGCGGGUAUCUGAACAAUUUAAGGAAGCAAUUAGGGAUAAUAGAGCAUUCGGUGUACAUGGUCUCUGAUCCCAGAGGUUGGGAAGGAUUUGAUCCAACAAGAAAGAAAUGGAUGAAGCUCCCCAAAAUCCCUUGUGACGAAUGUUUCAAUCACGCAGAUAAAGAAUCGUUAGCUGUAGGUAGUGAAUUACUGGUUUUCGGGCGUGAGCUUUUUCAAUUUGCCAUAUGGAAAUACAGAUUGAAAUCCCACGAUUGGGUAAAAUGUGAAGCGAUGAAUCAUCCCAGAUGUUUAUUCGGUUCAGGAACUCUGGGAUCAAUUGCCAUUGUUGCAGGAGGAAGCGAUCAAAACGGAAACAUUUUAAAAUCUGCCGAACUAUACGAUUCAACAUCUGGUAAAUGGGAAAUGCUACCUAACAUGCAUUCUCCAAGAAGAUUAUGCUCUGGUUUUUUCAUGGAUGGGAAGUUUUAUGUGAUAGGAGGGAUGACGAGUUUGAACGAUUCAUUAACUUGUGGUGAAGAGUUUGAUUUAAACACAAAAAAAUGGAGGAAAAUUGAUGGGAUGUAUAUCUACCCGAAUGUAAACCGGGCAGCUCAAGCACCUCCAUUAGUUGCAGUUGUGAAAGAUGAGUUGUAUGCAGUUGAGUAUUUAAGCAACAUGGUGAAGAAAUAUGAUAAAAAGAAGAAUGAAUGGAAUGUUUUGGGGAGGCUUCCAGUGAGGGCAGAUUCGUCAAAUGGUUGGGGAUUAGGGUUCAAAGCUUAUGGAGAUGGGGUUCUUGUUGUAGGUGGACAAAGGGGUCCUGAAGGUGAAGCCAUUGUUCUUAAUUUUUGGAAUCCAGAAUCCGGGGUUAAAAAUGGUAUUUUGGAUUGGAAGGUUCUUGGUGUUAAAGAACAUUCUGGAGUUUUUGUUUACAAUUGUGCUGUGAUGGGUUGCUGAUUGCUGACCUUGUUUUGUUCAAUGUUCAUCAUCUUAAUUUGAAGAUGUAUGAUUGUAUUUGUAAGUUAUUAAUUUUAAGUUGUUACAUAAUCUUUCUUUUUUGUUUAUUGUGUGUUUCUUUUGGUAAUAAAAUUGGGAAAUUUUCAUAA